CACACGCCUGCCUGCCUCCAAUUCGCUGCCUGCACCGGCGCGCUGGCCGACACCGUUGCCCGCUAGCGACUGAGUUUGCCAAGCCUUCCAUGCCGCCCCGCUAUCCCAAAGCAGACAGCAGCAUGGCCUGCACUGGCACAACACCAGAUCGCCGCACUCUGGACUGCUGCACGCUGCUUCACAUCACCCUCAGUCGCCACGAGAAACUGCCCGCCGCCCUCACUCCACCAAGGUUCCCGCCACCUGCACGAGACACUGCCGGCGCACCUCCGCUGCUCCCAUCAUCUCACAAGGUUCCUCACCACUGUCGGCGCAGAUCAGUAUUCAAGAGAUAGUUUAGCCGCACGUGACCGCACGCGGAUCCCCAAUGGCCGCGGUACGGACCUUCACGCUUCCGCACUACGAGGCGUACCCUGUGCACAUCGCGCUGUUCGAAGAUGUCUCGAACGCCGCGUACCUGCGCAGCCAGCUGCUAGCCGCGAACCCAGAGUUUGAUUAUGCGUUCAUCGACGCCGCCAUGAUCCUUACCCCCACGCACCUCCUCUCCGCCACCGCCCUCUCUCUCCACGCCUUCCUCCACUCCUCCCCGAAAACCCACACCCCGCACUCCGAACUCCUCUUCCGCCUGUCCCCCACCAACAACAUCGGCGAGGCAUACCGGCUCUUCGGCAUCGCGGACUCAACGACCGCUGUGAUCGCGGUGAAACUCGCGCUGGGGAAAGACGGGCGCGUGGAUCCGGGGGUGAGUGCUGAGGGCGUUGGGGAGUUUUUGGGCAGGGUGGUUGAGGGGCGGAGUGUUGAGAUUGAGGUUGGGGGUGAGGGGGAGGGGGAGGAAGGGUUGGGGGCCCGCGCGGAUGUGCAUAGGAUUAAGAAGGUGUAUAAGAUUAGUUGUGCCAAGGGGAAGGGGGGGAAGGGGGCGAAGGGUGGGAAUGGCGGCGAGAAAGAUGAUAGAGCGGGGAUUGAGAGUGUGGUGCUCGGGGCUAUGGCGCUGAAGGGGUGGUAGGUGGUAGGUGGGAGGUAGAGGCUGUGCUGAAAGGGGGACGAGGGCUCUCGUGAAGAAGUGGAGUUGUGUAGAACUUGUGUGGGGGGAGAAUAGUAUCAGAACGAGGAUGGUAUCGAGGAUGGAAUAGCAUCGAGCACAGCAUCGCGUUGGAAACAACAAGAACAACAGAGCAAUCUACUAGAGCUGAU